CUUGCAUCAGCGCAAUGGUGAAUGUCACUUUAUAAUUAUUGUCUCUAAAUGCAAGAGAAAAUCUAAAAAACCAUAAUCCUUUCAACUUCGUUUUAGACUUUUAGUUCAGUCGAAAAUUCAUAUCGUCGCUGGGCAGUCAUGUCGUUUCCUACGCGAGAAGAACGCUCCAAAUGUUGGGCGGCGCGUGACAAAUAUUGGGAAUGUCUCGACAAGAACUCUAGUGCCGAUAAAGACGAAAAAACAAAUGUUUGUGUAGAAUUUCGAAAAUUGUAUGAACAAUCUUGUACCGCGCAGUGGGUGAAACAUUUCGAUAGAAAAAGAAACUACCUAAUGUUUAAAGAAAAAAUUGAAAAAGAUGGGUAUGAACCGCUAGAUUCGUUGAAAUAGUUUACGUACUUGAAAUUUUGCAGAUCAGCGUUUACAAUUGAUAAAUAUUCAGUCAGAACUUUGACUUAUUCUUGUUGAUAAUAGAUUCUUUAGUUAAUAUAAAAACUAAUUUUAUAUACAAUAUUUUCGAUUUAUUUAUAGAUAGAUUUCAGACUACCUUUAUUUGUGGGUACGUUUCUCACAAUGUUACAUACUCACAACAUAAGUUGUCAUGUCCAACUUUUGAAGAAAAUCUACAUUAAUUUGUGUUAUAAAAUGGCUGUUAGUGAUAUCAAAGGUUUCAAAAGUGGAUGAUUUAAAGGUGAGAUUUGGAAAAGUUUGGCUUUAACAAACGUUCAAAUUUGUUAAAUUUCAUAUUAAAUAGUUCAUCAUGUUUUCAUUAGACAAAGUAAAAAUAAAUAAAUAGUACGUUGAAAUUGAGAAAAAAUACGUAUAAUUAUUUUGCUCAUACAAUGUAUCACAAUGUAAAGGAUUGAUAAAAUGUAAAUUUCCAACAGGCAACUUUAGUAAGGUAAGUUUGUUUUAUAAACUACUGUACUUUUGAGUUCAUGAUUAAAUCAUUGGAUAUUCGUACUAUUGACUGAAAAAUAUUAUUCCUCCGUGUUCAUUGUGGGAUAUGUUAUGUUAUCAAUACUUGAAAUGCCACUAUCUGAUAAUUAACAGUAAAUACAAUAAUUUUUAUAAUAAUUAGUGCUGUUAGGAUAAGUUGUUUCAGGUGAAUGAAGAACCAAAAGUACUUGAGAUAGAAUCACUAUCAAUUUUAGAAUUUGAUGCCUCAAAAAUUGAUAUUUUUUAUGUUUACAAAAUCUAUAUAACAAGUUAUUGUGAACGGAAUUCUGAUAUUUAGUUUUCUUUCCAAGAAAAAUGAAUGAUAAUUUUCUACAUGAUCGGAUUCAAAUGUUCUCGACCAUGGCAGUGAAAAUUCCAUCUGUUAUAUUAAAAAAGUAUUUCACUAUAUAAUUGGUAAGGUUAGUGGGUCCUAUGUAAGUUAAUAGAUACUACUAUUUAAUAGCUAACAGUACUAUAGACGAUAAUCUAUUUAUUUGUAAAUUGUAACUGCAAAAUUUCAGGUUAAAUAAUUGUAUAUAGUUUUCAUUAUAUUGUUAGUCAAAUGAUUAUCAUUUAUUUUUAUCCAUGGGAUAUGUAAAUAAAGUUGUUGUUUCUAUGAGA